AUUCUUGCCCGGUGUCAGUCUCAACACUUACAUGCAAGAGAAAAUUGCUUUCUUGCCCAAUUCUUCUUCUCUUUGCUCUGCAAGAACAGCAGGGCUAAGCAUUCACCCAUUGCUGAAGUGGGAAAGAGAUUCAAAUUUUGAUAUUAUACUGGUUCAGAAGUACAAAUGGUGGAAUUUUUUGAAUAGAGGACUCACUCUGAUACAAUGAAAGAAACUCAAGGGCGUUCUAAAGUUAUCAAAAAGGAAUUGGCACAACAAGUACCUAUAGAGGAGAAAUCUAUAGAUAAUAUGAUUCAGUUACAUCCAAUACCAGAGUCAACUCUCUGUACAUUUUGCAUGAGUGGCAAUAUUUGUCGAACAGUUCAGUCUAGAACAAAACUAAUGAACAUACUUUUGGAAAGAGGGAAGCCUCAGGAAGCUCAAUCUAUUUUCAACAAUUUAAUUGAAGGAGGGCAUAAACCAUCUCUAGUGACAUAUACAACCUUAUUAGCUGCACUGACUGUCCAGAAGCGCUUCAACCACAUACAUUCAAUCAUCUCUCAUGUGCAAGAAAAUGGAAUGAGGGCAGAUUCAGUUUUUUACAAUGCUGUUGUCAAUGCAUUUGCUGAAUCUGGCAAUAUGGAGGAAGCCAUGGAAACUUUGUUGAAGAUGAAGGAGAGUGGGAUGAAACCCACAACUAGCACUUUCAACACUUUGAUUAAAGGAUAUGGGCUCAUUGGGAAGCCUGAAGAAUCUUUGAAGGUACUUGAGUUGAUGUCUGAGGAAAGCAUAAAGCCCAAUUUGAGGACGUACAAUGUACUCAUUAGGGCAUGGUGUAAUAGAAAGAACUUGAAAGAGGCUUGGAACGUGAUUUCUAAGAUGGUAACUUCUGGUUUGCGACCUGAUGCUGUAACUUACAACACCAUUGCAACAGCAUAUGCUCAAAAUGGCCAACCGGAAAAGGCUGAAUGUUUGAUACAUGAGAUGCAGAAGAAUGAAGUGCAUCCAAAUGAAAGAACCUGUGGCAUCAUCAUAGCUGGGUACUACAAAGAAGGCAAAGUAAGGGAUGCCUUAAGGUUUGCAUACAGAAUGGUGGAUCUUGGAGUGCAUCCCAAUCUUGUUGUUUUCAAUUCCCUGAUCAAAGGAUUCCUGAAAUUGUCAGACAGAGAUGGUGUUGACGAGGUUCUCUCCUUGAUGGAAGAAUGUGGUAUCAAACCAGAUGUGAUAACUUUUAGCACCCUCAUGAAUGCCUGGAGUGCCGCAGGAUAUAUGGUAAAGUGCAGGGAAAUCUUUGACGAUAUGAUAAAAGCUGGUAUUGAACCUGAUGUCCAUGCAUACAGUAUUCUUGCUAAAGGUUUUGUGCGUGCACUGGAACCAGAAAAGGCAGAUGAACUUCUGAAUACCAUGGUUGAUUCUGGUAUUCGCCCAAAUGUAGUGAUCUUCACCACUGUCAUUAGUGGAUGGUGCAGUGCCGGUUCAAUGGAAUGUGCAAUGAGGGUUUUCCAAAAGAUGUGUAACUGCGGUAUAUCUCCAAAUUUGAGGACUUUUGAAACCCUAAUUUCAGGCUAUGCAGAAGCAAAAAAGCCAUGGAAAGCAGAAGAAAUUAUCAAAUUCAUGAAGGAGUUCAAUAUUCUGCCUCAGAAAACAACCUUUCUGCUAAUUGCAGAGGCCUGGCGUGCCGCUGGACUAAGUAAAGAGGCAAAUCGGAUAAUGGACUCCAUAGAAAAGCAAAGCGUGAAUUACCAGCUAGAUACGGACAAUGAGACAGCAGUGCAAAGCUUAGAGAAAAUUUAUCAGAAGGAUGCAGUUGAUUUUUCACGUCCCAAGCUGCUACAGAUCCCAGGUGAGCUUGUGAAUGAUCAUAAGAGCUUAGCUGCUGCAACUAAAAAAGGCCGGGCAGUUUUAGGAGAAGCUGAACUUUCCUCUGAGACCCUAUGCACUGCUACCAGAUCCAUGUAUCUUGCUUGUAGGUUUGGACCAAGAAGUCCAUUUGUUUGCCCGAGGCAAUAUCAAAGGCAGCUUUAUAUCGCUGGUCAGCUGCCACACUCCUGUACAGUGGGGUUCUUGAACUGAAUUGAAGGGGAAGUGCAAUGAGCUUACACCUAAACAGUGGAAGAACUGAUGAGAAUGGCAACUGAUCUCAACGACAAGCUGUGGUACAUAGACAAGGGACUAUGUAUAAAAUCCCAAGCUUCCUGUACAGCUUUUCUAAGGUUUUACUUAUCUUGUAGAUCAAUCUUUUGUUCAUCAUAUUGAUCUGCUACAUGGCUGUAUAGAAUUGACAAAAGUUUACCCGUGCAUAUUACAAGGCUGCUCUAAUAUUCCAGCUAAUGCAGAAAUUAGACUUGCUCUUUGUUUAAAUUUUA